AUGUGCGUCGGAGUUGUCAUUCUUGGGCUUCGAGGGUAUGUAAUUGAUAAUACUUUCAUUCCGGAUACAGCAGAUUAUGAUGCUUAUGGCAUUAAGAUUGCUUUGAAUGAUAUUUUAUUUGUCGAAGCACGAGGUAAAUCAGAAAGUUUUCUCGUUCAAUAUGCACCAUAUAAUCAUACAGUUCAUUCAUUACAAUGCUCCAUCGACUAUGAUGAUAAUGCUCAUUAUGUCUAUUCGGUGGGUGUCGGAAUAAAACAGAAAACAAACACAAAUAUAUCAUUUUAUUUUGCCGGUGAAGUCGUACCUCGAGGAUCGGCAAGUGCAAAUUCGUCUGCAUAUAAAGGCAAUUAUAUUGGUGUAUGGAUCAAUCGGGAUCCUCAAAGUGUCCCGAGCUAUGUGACCACUCAAAAUCCAUUCUCCUGUGAUUAUUUCAAAGUCGAAAGUCUUGAAUUUAUUUCAUCCUAUGAACAUCAAGAAUUUUUUAUUAUCGCAAUUGAACCAUACGGUCAAUAUGCUAUCGGUAUAGCUACAGAUUUUAUAUUUAAAUAUGAGCCAUUUCCUGUUUCUACUAUUAGAAGUAAAUCUACUGUUGACGUUUGGCCAAAUAAUGUCACAUUUUUUCCUUGUGCAACCGAUGCAAGUGAAUUAUUUACUAUUGUUGCUGGUUUUGUUGAGCAUUCAGCUCAAUCUCGAGUACGUGCAACACCGACAGUCUACGUGAUUUCGAAUAAUAAUCUUACUGUGUUAUCAUCUUGGUUUUACAGUGCGACAAACAGUUCUUGGCAAUCAUAUUUAACAUAUAGUGGUGUCGAUGCAUGGAAUAAAAAAUAUACAAUGUCUGUAAAUAUUAAUGUCGAUGAUCCAACUCGAAUUCUUAUUGGUAUGCCAUUUCUCAACACUGUUUUUCUCUUUAUCUUAUCCAAUAAUGGUACCACUCUCACUUGGGUCAGUUCAAUUUACAAUGGACGAUCGGUAGGCUAUGGUAAAAGUGUUACCUGGUUGACUGGAUCACAAGCAGCCAUUCUUGUUUCAACCUAUUCAUUUGAUCAUUCAACUUGGUAUGCAUCACAAAUUUAUUUGUAUACGUUUGUCAAUGAUACUAAUCAGAUCAUUUCACCUACGGCUAUCAUACCCAAUGCUCAACAGCCAUUACCAACAACAAUAAAUCCGAAACUGAUUCAAAUUGUAUCAUCACCAGCCUCUCUGGCCAUACUUGAUACUGACGGUGGUGUUCUAUUAAUAGUCCCAACAGAACCAGGCUAUUAUUCGUCGUCAGAUAUUAGAAAAUCGGCGAUUGCUGCUGCAAUGCCUAUUGUCAGUCAUUCAACAAAAUGCAUUGGAGGCACAUUUAAAAACGAUACAGGCAUUCAUCCAUGUGUUUUAUGUCCGAGUGGAUCACACAAUACAGGUCAAGAACCUGGCCUGUCAUGUCUGAAUUGUUCUUCGAAUAGCUUUUGUCCAUUGGGAGCAGUAUAUGAAAUCGAAUCGACUAUUCUUAUGAGUCGAUCACAAGCUUAUGCAUUUCCUCGUUCACCAGAAAUGGAACUCUAUGAAGAUAUUCUUCUAACAAAUAUAUUUUUAAUCGGUUCAACUGCUCAUUGUGUUCGUGUUUCACCUAUUUUCUGGAGUUUCAUGAUUGCUAUAUUUGCAAGUAUCUGUAUUAUUUUUGUUGCUUCACUUCAUCGAUUUAUUCAUCCAGAGAAAGGAGAAAAAUGUCGUAAUACUUUGAAGGCAAUCUUUCGAAGAACAGAUCUUGUAGGUGAAGGCGAAAUGUGGAUUGGUGGAAUUGCUUCGUUGAUUCUUGUUGCAAUCGCAUGCAUGGCCUAUGGUUUUGCUAUUUCUUAUUUGAAUCAAUAUCCAUCUGAAAAAGUAGGACCAUCUUCAUUUGCAUGUGAUACAACGAUUCGUAAUGCUAAAUAUUGGAGUCAACUUCAAGCAUUAGCUGUAGCAGUGUCUGAUGAAGAAGAACCAAUAUUCGACAUGCUCGAUGAACAAGAUUUUACUCUCUAUUUGGAACUGAUUAAUACGGCUGCUGAUUGUUCACAAUUUUCCAUAGAACAAGUUGAUGACUCAUCCACAAUCGAGCUUUCCUUACUAUCAUGUUCGAAUAUGAAUGGAACUCUUUCAGCUUCAGUCAUGUUAACAGAUCACGAACUCACUAUUUCAGCAGUUCUUAGCGAUAUUCCACUUAUCGGUGGUAUUCAAUUAGGUCUCCGAGGUAAUGGACUUCAAAAUGGUUUAUAUACAUUGCAAGAUGUUGACUUUCGAAAAACAUUUUACAGUCAAUCAAAUCAAACUUUAGCACAAAAAGUUACAAUUAAAAUAUCAAUAACUAAGGUUCGUGAAAACAAAUAUGUUAUUUGA